AUGGGCGUGCCAUCCUUCGCAGCAUCGAACUCUAUCAUCUAUCUGACUUAUGGAGCAUUCCUUGUAGUGGGUCUCCUGAUCGCAUGGAAGCUCCGUCACCAAAGCAAGACCGAAUUUCUAUCCAGCAAUCGAACACAGAAAGGUCCGAGUCACAAGCUUGCCGUGUCUUCGGCCUCCAGAGACACCCCCUUCCGCAUGCGGUACUCCCUCUGA